AUGCCCGCUCAGGGCGCAUUGGGCAAGGCGUAUGGCGUGGAGUCCCACGUGCUAAGCCCGGCCGAGACGAAGGCACUGUACCCGCUGAUGAACGUGGACGACCUGUAUGGGACCCUGUAUGUGCCGCAUGACGGUACGAUGGACCCGGCCGGCACGUGUACCGCCCUCACCAGGGCUGCUGCUGCCCGGGGAGCCCAGAUCAUCGAGAACUGCCCCGUGACCGGCAUCCGUGUGCGGACCGAUGACUUCGGGGUGCGGCGGGUCGCAGCCGUGGAGACAGAGCACGGCUCCAUCCAGACGCCCUGCGUGGUCAAUUGUGCAGCCCCCGAGGCAGUGACCGGCCCCUCCGCCCGCCACAGGCGCUUCCAUCACCUGCUCACCGACCACCGCCACUGGAUCCGCGAGCGCAGCCACGAGUCCUACGCCAAGAACUACUCUGUUGUGUUCCCCCACGACGAGCCCCUGGCGGGGCGCAACAUGAGGACAGACCCCCUGCACGAGGAACUACUGGCCCAAGGCUGCGUCUUCCAGGAGCGACAGGGCUGGGAGCGGCCGGGAUGGUUCACCCCGAAAGGCACAGCUCCGGUCCUGCGGUACGACUACUACGGGGCGUAUGGGAACCGGAUGCACGAGGACCACGCCUACGGCCGGCUGCUGGGGGACGAAUACACGUUCGACUUCCCGCCCCACCACGACGUGAUCAAGAAGGAAUGUCUGGCCUGCAGAGGGGCCGCUGCUGUGUUCAACAUGUCCUACUUCGGAAAGUUCUACCUGGUGGGUUUGGAUGCGAGGAAGGCUGCCGACUGGCUCUUCUCUGCCGAUGUCAGCCGACCCCCAGGCUCGACCGUGUAUACCUGCAUGCUGAACCACAGGGGCGGCACCGAAAGCGACCUGACUGUCAGCCGCCUGGCCCCCAGCCCCCAGGCCUCCGCCCUGGCCCCCGCCUUUGAAGCGCUCACAAAGAGCCUUUACGGUAAGACAGAUGCGGGCAGCCGGCGGUCACAGGAGGUGAAGGAGGCUGGGCGGACCUCCAAGAUCUCACGCCCUGAGCCUCACUUUCCCCACCUGGAGAACGGGGACCUUCCGGAAGGUGCCGGGGGAUCCCGGGCCCUGACGGUUCGAGGAGCGCCCGCCUUGCCAGGGCGGGGGCCAGAACAGGCCGUGGAGCAGAGGCUGGGCCCGGAGCUGCGGCCUCAGGACCCGGCACUUUGGGUCUUUGAUGAGGACAGCUGUCCGGAGAACGCCGGGCCCGGCAGCUGCCCUGGCACCAGGCGGCCCCGACCCUCGGCCUGGCCCAGGCGGCAGCUCCAGGCUCCCGCCCCUGCCGGGAAGCAGGCAGGGAAGACGCCGGCCACCCCCCAGAGCUACGGAGGGGCCGUGCUCCUCGAGGACCGGAGCCGGGCCAUUCUCCAGGAGGUGCUGGACGCAGACCUGAGCGACGAGGCUUUUCCUUUCUCUACCCACAAGCUGGUGAGAGCCUCCGGUCACCUGGUGCGGGCCAUGAGGCUCUCCUUCGUGGGGGAGCUGGGCUGGGAGCUUCAUGUGCCCAAGCCAGCCUGUGUGCCCGUGUACCGGGCUGUGAUGGCUGCAGGCACCAAGCACGGCCUCGUCAACGCCGGGUACCGGGCCAUCGACUCCCUGAGCAUCGAGAAAGGCUACCGGCACUGGCACGCAGACCUGCGCCCCGACGACAGCCCCCUGGAGGCGGGCUUGGCCUUCACCUGUAAGCUCAAGUCAGCGGUCCCCUUCCUGGGGCGGGAGGCCCUGGAGAAGCAGCGGGCCGAGGGCCUCCGCCGACGUCUGGUGUGCUUCACGGUGGACGAAAAAGUGCCCAUGUUCGGCCUGGAGGCCAUCUGGAGAAACGGCCAGGUGGUAGGCCACGUCCGGAGGGCUGACUUUGGGUUUGCCGUUGACAAGACUCUCGCCUACGGCUACAUCCGGGACCCCAGCGGCCAGUCGGUCUCUCUGGACUUUGUGAAGAGUGGUGACUAUGCUCUGGAGCGGAUGGGGGUGGCCUACCCUGCCCGGGCUCACCUGAAGUCUCCCUUCGACCCUGACAACAAGAGGGUGAAGGGAAUCUACUGA